AUGGAUCCAUCACCUGUUGUUGAAGAUCAACCAGGCACAUCGGAUCUGGACCUCACCUUGAACUCAGAUCCAGGUUAUGAUGAAUGUGUAUACUACCAUGAAGGAAGUGAUCUAUACGCAGAAGACGUCGAUGGUCAGAUGGCGGUACUGCCGGAAGUUCCUGUGACGACGGAAGAUGUGAGGAUCGAGGAUAUCCAGCUAUGCGACAUCACAACGGGGUACGCCGGCGGUUUCACGACAUUCGAGCCGACGUGCAUGGCCCACGCGAUUGCAGUCACGGGUGAGUUCAUCGACAGUGUUUGA